AUGGAUGUUCUCUGGAUUUCCCUGCUUGCAGUCCCUGUGCUUCUGUGGUCCAGUGGGACGUUUUUAUUUUACUUUAAAACAAUUUUAUACUUCGUCUCGAUGGUGUGCCUAGCCGUAGUAACAAUCCCGAUGUGUAUUUUGAAAAGCGGUGGCAGGAACGUGGAAAACAUGAGGUUUUUGAUUGACAGGGUGAUCCGCUUCCUGGUUCAACAUGUGAAGUACUUAAUGGGUCUGCGAUUUGUGGUGAGCGGCAGGGAGAACCUUCAGGUGGAUGGACCAUACGUGAUCAUCUCCAACCACCAGAGCUCUCUGGAUGUCCUCGGACAGAUGGAAGUCCUGCCCGAUCGCUGCGUAUCUGUCGCUAAGAGAGAGCUGCUGUUAACGGGCGCUGUUGGCCUCGCGUGCUGGCUGGGUGGCACCAUCUUCAUUAACCGCAAGAAGACUGACGAUGCUAAGAGCAUAAUGGCUGCUACUGCCAGAACCAUGCUGAAAGACCAGGUGCGGCUCUGGGUAUUUCCUGAAGGCACUCGGAAUCAUGAGGGCGACCUGCUGCCAUUUAAGAAGGGGGCAUUCCACCUGGCAGUACAGGCUCAAGGCACUAGUCUCAGUCAUUUUGAAGGAGACCUCAGAUGCAGCAGACAAGGAGUUCCUCAUGCUCUAUCAACGACCCUAAAUACUGCUCUUCCUAAGAUACUCAAGACCACCCGUCAGACCACAGUCUCAAGCCAUACACGAGCCAUCACAACUUCUGAAUACAAAGAGUGACAUCUCCACACCAGCUGGAAAGAGAGACACACUAUGGAAGCUGGCACGGAUCAUCAAGAGGAAAGAACAGCAUGUCCCAUCCUGGUCUGCUUUCAAUGCAUUCAUCACAGAUAAGUCACCUCCAGUCGUCGCUGUGCGAUACAUGCCUUUCAUAAGAGCUUCACCAACUGAUUAUUCCACAAUCUACCCAGCAACAGCUCUUUUUCUGCGAAAAGCUGGGGAAAGCAUUGUGCCAGUGCCUUCCAGGUGUCCAUGAAUUUACGGGCUGUGAUACAACAAACUGUUUUUUCAAAAUAGGAAGAACAACUGCUUUCACAAAACUUCAGAAGCACUUGGAGGAGCUGAAAGGCCUAAGUCAUAGGGUUGAGCCGAAUACUCGGAUGAAACGAGUAUCCGUAACGGAUAAUGUACUUUUUACGAGCACGAGUACCAUCCGAGUAAAAAUUGUCAAUAUCCGUACUCGUGAUGAAGGAAAAUCCUCAUUGGGUAACUGUGUCCAGUGUCCACAUCGUUCCAUGAUAGGCCAGCCACACAGAGCUCCUCCGCUACACAGAGCUUAUACAAAGUUUACUGCUGUGCUGCGCCCACACAACACAAUCUUGCCAUCGCCACAGCCACUCUGUCAACAGGGAUCUAUUAUUGUUAUAUAUUCUCAAUGAAAUAAAGUUUGCAAUUCUCAGAUUCGGCUCAACACAUUAUUCUCAUGAUAGCUAAACACACAUUUAAUGGACAUUCACACAUAAGCACAUAUUACUGAUUACAAACGGACAUUUCUAGCUUGCUACAGUGGGGCUAACUAGCCAGUUAACUAGCUGCUACGGUGGGGCUAGCUAGCCAGUUAGCUAGCAACUACAUGAUAUAAGCAUGUACUUGUAUUUUAUAACAUUUAGCGAUCUCAUACACACACUCUACUAGCAUCAUUGACACCCUAGCCUUCUUAUACAUCCACUGUACUAAUGCAAUAUCACUUUUGUGCACAUUUAGACGUCGUUGCUCACCUGAAAUCACAAGACAUACAGUACAUCAUAGUUAGCCAACUGUAACCUGGUGCGCUCUGUCUACUACUGUCUUCACACUGUCAGUUCAUUUAAAAAAAUAAUAAAACCAGAGUAACGAUAACAGCGUCUGCUACCACAGAGUGAUUGCGAUGAUAAAAUUUUUUUCGGUUACGCUGACCUAUAAAACGCUAUUCCAAAAGCAAAAUUAGACAUGUUAUACAUUGUUAGAAAGCUUAUACUCUCACCUACUGAAUAAAUGAAUUGUCAAUCAAGCCAGACUGUACUAAAAAGGGCGGCAAUGCCAUAUAGUAGAGGAACAAAUCUCAAAAAAAGGCUUUAGUUUUUGAGAUACCCCUAUCCGGGGUAGAACAAAGCAUAACCAUGUUUUUUCAUAACUUUAAUAUGUCUAGUUUUUUAAAUGGAUGGUUGUAUAAAAAUAUUUUACUGCAAAAUUAGUUUAUUUGGUUGAUGUUUGGAUCCUCCCCAAAACCGAAAAUAGUGAAAAUUUAGGCUUCUCCAAAAGGGACAGUGUCUGCCUUAUCACAUGUACUCUGGAAAUAAUGAUCAGAAUCGCAUUCACUUACGCAUUCACUCUGCGAUAGCAGUAAAAGACGCUGCACCUAACGAAACAUUGUCAAAGAUUUUUCGUAAUUUCUUGGAAAAUACUAUUAUUAUUGAGGACUUCUGGGCAAGCCAUAUGUUUGCUGAUAGACAUAUCUGACAUUGUUUUCUGGAGCAAAACAGAAGUGGAUAGAACUUUCAUUGAUUUACUGUCUCUGUCUCUAUCUACUGAACACAGAUAAAAUGUCAUCAUUGCUAUGUAAGUAUUACUGCUCAAAUAUUUCGGUUAUAUACGUUAUUUUUGAAAUUGAGUGUCUUUAAAUAGGUUAGUGGUAUUAUAUAAUGUGGAUAUUUCACACCGUAAUGUUAGUGCUAAUUAGUAGUGUAAUAGUUUUUGAGAUGCAUGCAACAGUGAUGAGGAGAGUGUUGAAACAUUGCCAAAACGUGGUGGACGGUGAACAUUGUUUUCAUAUCGUCCCAUCCCCAUACAAGAAUUCUUACGGGAGUACAGAGUAUAGAAAUACAUAUAAGAGUUCACAUUUAGGAUGCUUUAUUCCGCUUUACUCCUCCCAUGACUCCUCCUACCUUCACGGGUCUGUUGUGUAAUGGAGAAGAGCAACAGGCAACACGGCACGGGUAGGAUACGAAUGCUUGCCAUCCUGUACCGUGCCGUGCUGGUCAAUGGAGAAGCGCCAUAAGAGUCCCCAUCUAAGAGGCUUGUGUGAGAGGACAGACCUUACGGUGGUGGAAAACCAAUGAUGUCGACCAAAAAUUAAGAUGCAAAAGGAGAUUUAUUAUCUUCUAGACAGGUGGAGAAAAGGAUGCCAGUAUUAUUGUGAACAAAAGUGAAAUAAUAAUGAAAAUACACAAACAAAAAGACUUGCAAAACAAAAAGAAAGUAACAUGUAACUAUGUUUGAAAGGUUCAAUAAUAAUAAUAAUAAUAAUAAUAAUAAUAAUAAUACAAAUACACCACACUGACUUGGACCAGUCUGACCCAACAACCAACCAACCCCUAAUGAUGGUGGUAGCUGGGCUUAAAUAGCUUCUCCUCCCUUGGACCCUACCAAUUACCUCUAAUACCAAUAAAGUCCUACAACAGCUUAAAAUUACCAAUAACAAACACAAUAAAUAAUUAACCCAUUUAGAUAAUCAAUACAUUUCAUUUAAAUACUUUAUCUACAUCAUAAACCACCUUAUUAACCAUAACCUACACAACCCCGGGAAUAACAGCCCAUCCCAAUAAAACUGGUGGCAACUAAACACUACAAAAGCUUGUAGGAAAUUGCGCCGCGUCCUUUUGCCCCAGCAUGAUGACGCAACCAGGAAGCAUGCUACACCACACAGUAAGAACUCCUCUGAUUACUUUCUAAAGUUUCUAACGUUAGCAACAUUUCAAACAUGAUUUAAAUUCCAGCAUAAAGGUAACACAACAUGCCAAUACAAAUAGUCCUAAACACGAUCUCUAUGAGCACAUUAGAGUAUUAAUGUUAAACGCACAAACACAUAGCGAUACAAGGUUCAAACGAGUCGCACAAUGGCAGUGUGAAACGCACAAAUACAUAGCAAUGCAUGCACUAUUAGUUGGCCACCCCAACCACGAUGUAAACAUUAAUAUGCUUUUUCUUGUG